AUGCUGGAGGUCCCGCCGGGUACCAACGACGCGGAGAAGGCGGCGGAUGCCCUGGCGGUCAAGCUCCGCGAGGUCCUCAGCUCGGACGCGGUCCAGGUCCAUAGACCGACUAAGUGUGUCGAGUUGAGAAUCUUGGACCUGGACGACUCGGUGACUGCGGUGGAGGUGGUGUCUGCGGUCGCCGAAGAGGGGGGUUGUUCCGCUGGAGCAAUAAAACCGGGUGUUAUUGCCCGGCGCUCCGGCGGCUCCGGCUCCCUCUGGAUGAGCUGCCCGGUGGCGGCGGCAAAAAGAGUGCUGGAGGUGGGCCGCGUCAAGGUGGGGUGGGUCUCGGCACGAGUGAGACUGCUCGAGCCGAGGCCGCUGCGCUGCUUCAGGUGCUUGGAGGGGGGCCACAUGGGGGCCAAAUGUGAUAGGGGUGUCGACCGCAGCCGUCUGUGCUUCCGCUGCGGCCUUCCCGAUCACAGGGCCAGGGAGUGUACCGCCGCUGAAGCCAAUUGUAUCGUGUGCUCAGCGGCCGGUAAGCCUGCGGCACAUGCCGUCGGUAGCAAGGCGUGCCAGGGCAGCAAAACUCGUCUCGCCUCAAAGAAGGGAGGAGCGGUGGCGAAAGGGCCCGUCACCGCGUCCCAGAGGACUGUGGAGGAGCCUAUGGAGACCGCCCAAUAA